AUGUCUUUCCUUCAUAAUCAUUCUUGUGAGUGCGUUAAGUCAGAAUUGGAUUUGUUUGCACUACCGUCUACACAAACUAGCAUUGAAAAUGGAUUGUGGAUUCAUUAUAAACCAAUUUCAUCUCUUGGUGAUGAUGGACCUAUCGAGUUUCAAGUUCCUGGGACCGGCGAUGACUACAUAGAUUUGUCUCAUACAUUACUCCACAUAAAGGCAAAAGUAUUAAAUCAAGAUUCAACUAACUUGGUAUCUACUACAAUAGUAGCACCUGUAAAUAAUUGGCUGCAUUCACUUUUUAGUCAACUUGAUGUUUAUUUAAACCAAAAACUUGUAUCACCACCUAAUAAUACCUAUGCAUAUCGAGCAUAUAUUGAAACCCUUUUAAACUAUGCCCCUGCUGCUAAACAAUCUCAUCUUACUUGUAGUCUUUGGUAUGAGGAUACAGCAGGAAAAAUGGAUUCUACAGAUGGUAAAAACAUAGGAUUUGUUAAAAGACAGGAAUUGAUUAGUGAAAGUAAGGAAAUAGAAAUGAUUGGUCAUCUUCACGGUGACAUUUUUAACCAAGAUAAAUUUUUAAUUAAUGGUGUUGAAAUGAGUGUUAAAUUGGUUCGAUCAAGAGAGAGUUUUAAUUUAAUUGUUGGGUCAAACGAUGUAAAGUUUAAAGUUUGCAUUACGGACGCAACUCUUAUUGUUCGACGAGCACGAAUUAAUCCAAGUGUAUUACUCGCACAUCAAAAAGUUUUAGCUUCUACCACUGCUAAAUAUCCUAUUACUCGAGCUGAAGUAAAAGUUUUAACAAUUCCUUCGGGUGUUCAAGGAAAAACUCUUGAUAAUAUAUUUUUAGGACAGGUACCGAAAAGAUGUAUAAUUGGAUUUGUGAACAAUUCUGCAUUUAAUGGUUCCCUUACUAAAAAUCCAUUUAACUUUGAAAACUAUGGUAUUAAUUCUUUCAGCUUAUAUAUUGAUGGUCAACAAAUACCUUCAAAAGCUUUGCAACCAUCUUUUAAUAAUAGCAUAUUUACAUCAGCAUAUCAUACUCUAUUCUCGGGAACUGGUAUUCACUUUCUUAAUGAAGGAAAUGGAAUCUCUUGUGAACAGUAUGGCAAAGGUUACUGUCUAUUAGCAUUUGACUUAACUCCUGAUUUAUCAGCUAACUCAUCAACUCAUUGGAAUCUCAUAAAGCAUGGUAGUGUAAGAAUAGAAGUACGGUUUGAAUCCUCAUUAAUACAAACAAUUAACUGUAUAGUUUAUGCUGAGUUUGAUAAUAUUAUUGAGAUAGAUAAAAACAGAAAUGUUACUGUAGACUAUAGUAGUUAA